CGGCUCUCACUCAUUCUCGCAAAGAGCGUCCUAUACGAAAUACGUGUCGGGAAGUGAACGACGGGUUGAACAUUCAUAGAACAGUAUAAAUUAUUAUAAACAUUUUCAUCAUCGUUUCAAACUUAAAAAGGUACCAACAAAAUGCAUUCGGAGUCAGUGCCACUCUACCCGCCUGAAACUCUGCCUAUGAAGGAUAGCAACACCAACAACUCGAUGGGCCAAUCUACUCCAAUAAUGGGCCCAUCUGCUCCAUUCCCUCUCUCGGCGCCUGCGCAGACUAUAGCCACAGGCCCGAAGGUUCUCCUGGGUCCAGAGAACACAGUAACGACGUGUCCGUUCUGCCACGCGUCAGUCAUGACUGCUAUCAAGUACACUACCACCACUAGGACACAUAUCACCGCGCUACUCUACUGUUUGAUAUGUUGUUGCUGCUGCAUUGGAUACUGUUCGAAUUCUGCCAAGAACACCGACCAUUUCUGCCCCAACUGUCAACGUUACCUCGGCACUUACGAGAAGUGAACAUUUCACGUAUUUCUUCUUUCUUAUCUACUUACAUUUAUAUUUUCUAUUUUAGUAAUAUUAUAGUUUGAAAUGGCUACAUUGAAGCAAUUCAUCUAUAAAGUAAUAUUGCAAUUUGACAUUUGCGCAUAUAUAAGUAAACGCGCAAUGCGCCAUUAUUGCAACAAAUGUCAAAUAUAAUUGAAUCAAUGUGGCAUUUCCAACACCCGAUCCAAAAAUGUAGAUAGAUCUUUCACUUCCAAUAUGUGUCAGGUAGAGCUAAGUUAGUUUAGCUUAGCUCGCAUAGCUGACAGAAUUUCCCAUAGAGGUUGCACAGUUUGCAGCAUUGGUGUUUAUGUUACUGUUUGCAGUCUGCACACUACUAUGGCACGUCGAUGGAGCAUGAAUGGAGCGUCAGCUAUGCAAGCUAGUCUAAAAGUUACUUAGUGUCAAGCUAAAAUAAAUACAGCUAAAAAAAUGUUCAUGUCUGCCACUAUUUAUGUGCUCGCGCAUAGAUACCCCUAAAACCUAAAUGAUAUAAUUUUUUUAUUACAACUCUAGUAUUUGUAGAUUGUUGGUGCUUCCAUGGGUGUUUGUUACUGAUCUACAGUCAUGUGAGUUCAGUCCUAACAAAAAACCCAUAUUGAAUGGCUUUGAUAGUGAGGUGAUUGAACAGGAGGAAAUAUUGCGAUGAAAGUGCCAUAGUUACUUAGGAUAAUUGUUGAUAAUAUAAGGUUGACCAUGAUUACUGGCUGCAUAGUCCAGGGGGUUACAAAGGGCACAUUAAAGCAAUUCACCUAAAAAGCAAUAUUGCUAUUUGAUAUUUGUUUGCAUUGCGCACUUAUAUAUGCACCAACGUCAAAUUGCAAUAUUGCUUUUUAGAUGCAUUGCUUCGAUGCGCCCUUUUUCACCUCCCAGUUGUCGCGCUAAUAUUUCUACCCCGAAAUAAACGUAACGACACUAACGACUGAUCUAUAUUUUAUGUACUAUGCGUACAAUAGUUUUGCAUAUGCAUUGCAUGCAUGCAUUUAUUUUACUUUAGAUUUAGUUUGUUUAUUCUUAUUUUAAGUCUAAAUACAAU